UUUGAUUACUAAAAUAUAAUUGUUAACGAUUCUCGGAGAAACUACCUCAGUUUGCCAAAGCUCCGGCCUCCUAAACAUGAGCAUACACGGAAAAAAAUUCUGAUUGCGUUAAUUAGAAAUCUGGUAGAUUCAGCCAGUCAGAAUUCCCUUAGGAUUCACUAGACGCGUAGUGAAGUUUAUCAAACGUUCCGGUUAUGAAAUACCUAUCGUGACAACUAGAAAUUCCGUUUGGUUUAACCAAAGUACAUUCUAUCACACACGUGAUUGUAACAGAAUUUCUAGUUGUCACGAUAGGUAUUUCAUAACCGGAACGUUUGGUAGACUCCACUACGCGUCUAGUGAAUCCUAAGGGAAUUCUGACUGGCUGAAUCUACCAGAUUUCUAAUUAACGCAAUCAGAAUGUUUUUCCGUGUAUGCUCAUCUCGUUUAGGAGACUGGAGCUUUGCGAUGACACGUGAUUGUUGAUACAAUCGGAGCAUUUUUCCCAGUGCAUAUCUUUAGAUGCCUUUAAACGCCGUCCGGUCGCUUUUACUCCGACGACGGCGAUCGCGCAGCGACGAGGAUGCUAACCGUCCACGAUAUUCUUGUUUCAGGCAGCUGCGCGAAGGUACACUCGCGGAAAACGGCCUACAGAACGACAGUCGGCUGACGCUGCUGCCGAGCGUGGAAACCGGAUUGCUGGCGCAACGACCGGAGCAGAGCGUAAUGCAGGCCUUGGAGAGUCUCAAUGAUUCACAGGUGAAUGACUUCUUGUCCGGCAAGGCGCCGCUUAAUCUGACGAUGCGACUGGGCGACCACAUGAUGUUGAUCCAGCUGCAGUUGUCCACCGUAACCCCGGCAUCGCCGACCGCCACUCAAGCUAGCUCCGCCAGCAGUAACGGCCACAAUCAUCAUAGCAAUAGCAGCAACAGCAGCAGCAGCAACAACGUCGCCAGCUUGUCUAAUGGCGGUAAUGCCACGAGCAUGUCCAAUUUGCCUGGUGGUCACUCGUCGUUGCAGGCCAGAAGAUGCCUGACGGCCAGAUCACCGGGAAACAUCGCCAAGCCGCAGAGCGCCGCCGGGACACCGGCUGGCAGAACGUCGCAUCUAAUUAGCAGCCUCACCAGCGCCCUACACGCAGCUACCAGCUACAGUAGCAGCAGCAACAGCAGCCUACCCACCGCCAGCAUUACCACCACGACCACCAGCCCGGUGUGCUCCAGCCGGGUCACGGCGUCCUCCUCGUCCGUCGCGGCGGCGCCAAUUAGCCCGGUGCACUCAUCCUCGUCGUCCAGCAGCAACAACUCGGGCCAGUCCACACGUGGCAAUUCGCACGGCGUUCCACCUACGAACGGCAAUUCUUCUAGCGCGUGUCAGCCCUGCCCGCUCUAUCACCACCACCAUCAUCAUCACGGCCACCAUCACGGUCAUCACCAUGGCCACCAUCACCACCACCACCACCACCAUCAUCAUCACCAUUCGAGAAACAAACCCAGCUUGCCCAGCCUUUCCUCCUCCUCCUCCUCCUCCUCCUCUCCCUCUUCCUUCAGUUCGGGUUCGUCCCCGAUUCAGGAGCAGUCUGCCUUGGAGCCGGUGUCCUACGACGCGACGCUACCCAGGAAGAAGCUCUGCAGCGGCCACCACCAUCACGGCCAGCCCUCGUCGUCGGCGUCAGUUACCGCCAGUGGCGCGGACGCCACGAGGAGUCAGCACGAGGAGUCGAAUCCGCAGAGCCCAACGUGCGCCUCGUCGCUGAUGCUGGAGCAGUCGCCGCCCAAGCCCGCUACCCUCGACACCCGGGCGCUCGCCGAGGCGUCUCGGAACCUCACCCAGAAGCUGAAGCAGCUCUCCUCUGAGGAGAACGCGAGACGCAGGCAAGGAGCGAUAAUAGAGAGUAUGCAUCAUCACGGCAAGGGCGUGUAUUCCGGCACGUUCAGCGGCACGCUGAACCCAGCCCUCCAGGACAGACACGGUCGGCCGAAGCGGGACAUUAGCACCAUCAUUCACAUCCUGAAUGACUUGCUCUGCGCGACGCCGGCCGCAUCCGCAGGCCACUACAGGCAUCAUCAUCACAGGCAUUCGCAUACACGCCAGCAAUCCUUGAUGUCCGCAUCUUCGGCGGGCACCGCAGCCGCCGCGAGUGGAUCCGCUACGUCGGCCGGCUGCCAUGAUUCCACACCAGGCUACUCCAGCGAGGAACUGUCGAAGGAGAACGAGGCGACGAAGGGCAAGAUGCGCCGGUUGCGUUUAGUCAUGGAGCAACGUCGCGCUAAGAGAAAAGCCAGGCGACAGGCGCGAGCGGCGCCGUACACUACGCAGUGGGCUGCGAUGACUCCCGCCGACCCGAACCACGAGCCGAACACGUCGACCGCGACCUCGGGCACCACCGCCACCGCUAACAGUGCGGAGCCGCAGAACGAGCCGGAGCUUCAGCCGUGCAGCCCCGAGCCGGUCGUAGCUUAAAUACCACGUCACUAACAGUCAAUUCACGGCACACAGUAGUAUCCUCUAUAUGCGUACACAUAGGGUAUGAUUGUUGUUCGCGUUUCUACCAUCGACAUAUGAAACGGGCUAAGUGUUGCGCGCGAGGAGCCGGCACACGCUAUAGAGAAAGAGAGAAACACCAGACGUAUAUUUGUCUCUCUUGUUAGCAUCUCAUUGAUCUUUUUUUGUCGUUCCACUACCAACAACUACCAAUGAGAUACUGGUAAGAGAGACGGAGAGAUAUGCCUACUCUGUUUCUCUCUCUAUAGCGUAUGUCGGUUCGUUGCGCGCAACGAUCAGUCCAUUCUACAUGUCGGUGGUUUCUACCUAUCGCACUGAUUUAUUCCGAAGGAAGAGAAUGCAGGGUCGAACGUGUCCUAUCACGCGCUUACAUCCGCAUCGCACAACACUCGUUCCGCGCAAACCAAACGCUGCAAACGUUCUAAACGUUUUUACUUGACACCUGUUUUUCUGUUGAUACCCCGUACGCGAUCAUUACCGCGGACCCGCUGAGUUUCUCUCCGUAUGAUGCAAGUGUCUCGCUUUCUCCGAUUCGCGUUACCUUAUGCAAAUAGACGUAACUCGCGAGGAUUCACUGGCUGACGUAUCGGAAGAUGAACUCCAAUCGAUCCUCCCUUCCUUGCGUACAGCGCUCGGAAUCACUCCUUAAGCGUUCCUUUCUCUCUUUUUUUUUAUGUCCCCCUGUUUCUUAGGAUCGGGAGUCUCCUUUCUCGUCACCCUCGUUUAAAUUCUUUUAGAACGGAAUUCUCUCUGCGAUGCAACACGCAUCGCAUGCGUCACGCAUUAAUUUGCGGUCGUCCCACAAAAAACCACUUGCAAUUCAUCUUCAUUCACGUACACAUCAUUCCAACUUAAUCGCGUAUGCUUAUUACUGUCAUCAAUGCACAAUGACAACGCGUCGCGAUGGUCACACGAACGUUUCCCGUGACGCGGAUGACACAUGAAGCGCAUCGGGGCAUUUGGGCGUCUAUGAAAAUGAUCGUGCAUGGCGUUAAAACUAUAUAUUGGGCAAUAUAUAGCGUUACUGCUAUAAUAAAAAUGUAUAUUACACAUAUAUAAUUACCAUUAUGUGUAUUUAGUAUAACGAAAUACUGGGUAUCUUACGGCUAUCGUUUCCGAACGUUAACAAAACGGUGAUCUCGCAGUGUUUGGCCGGACUCAGGACUUGAUCGUAGUUGACAAUAAUUACGCUCGGCGAAUGAAUCAGUGUGACGGUUUUACGUAUCUACACAUCGACAUCGCGCGAGAAGUCGAUGAAUUGUUCUGAAAGGGGGGGAGAGAGAGAGAGAGAGAGAGAGAGAGAGAGAAUGAAAGAAAGAAAGAGAGAAAAAUAGAGAGCAAGAGCUCUUAUUAAGGCUCCUAUUAAGGAAUCCUAUUAAGGAACUUCCUGCUAGAAGUAAAACUCGCCGAUAAACACGCCACACGCGUUAAAAAAUAGAAGAAGAGACGAGCAGGAUCGUCAUAGUUUUAUCCGUGUGCGUUUGUUACGCUCUCCUGACUUGUUCUCUCGCUAUCGGGCACUCGAAGUAUCUUAUACGUAAAUGCGAAUGAGAAAGCUCGAUCGCGCCGUACGGAUCGCGAUGCGAGAGAAGCGUGGCGUCUCGAUGCGGAGUCGUUGUCGCCCUUGAUGUAAGAAGUAGAGAGAAGAAACGCCACGGUAACUCGCGCGUAACGGAAUCUGUGCAAAUUUGUACUUUGCGUCCCUCGCGGACCGAUUGAUCUAAAUCACCGUGAUUUUUUUUCUUUUAUAAGUAGCAAGUGCACUUUCCAACGUCUUCUUCGGAUUAAAAUCGCACUGACGCAUACGCGGUUAAUGUACGUCGGGACAUUUCCAUUUGACCCUUCGGUGGUUUUGUGUGCGGGCAAUGUUUGUACGUCGAUCUACGUGUUGUACACUUUACUCGCGUAGGCAAUGUAAAGUAACAAUGCGAGAGUAAGAUUUAAAUGAGAGUAAAGUGAACAACACGAAAGCUUGACUGCGUUUCUCAUCCAAUUGUCCUUCCAAUCUCUGCCUGGAAAUUGGACGAAACGCAAAAAAUAUCGUUUUAUUCAGUAUCUUCCCUGCGUUUGCGUUCCUUCUUCGAUACCUAAUUAAUAUUUGUUCAGUCAAUGUUCCAGAUUCGUGUAGUCGUACAAACCUUCGGUCGUGGAUACAUCAUCCCAGCUUAAUCGCGUUUAUCAGCUAACGGGAAAAAUAGCAAAAGAAAAAUGAAGACAAGGGGGGAAUGAAAGAUUAUUUUUUACGUUGUAUGUAAUUUAUAGAGGAAUCCGAGAAUGUGGGAAACCAUGUGUCUCUCUAAGUGAGGUGUAAAGCGAGUUGAGUCGAGUUGGAAAUAGCAAUGUUCAUACCAAUUCUUGCGGAGUAUAUGACACGAUGAAAUAUGCUGUCUUUUUUAAUCGCUGAUAAAUCAUAUCUCGACGCCUGGUUACCCUUCGUCAGGAUUACAUUAUUAUAUUAUUCUUCGAUGGAUUCGAGACGAGGGAAUUGGAUCCACAUGCUCGAAGAAGGCGUGUAAGACGGUACUAUAGGAUGAAAAGUUGCGUGAUCGUAUUACAUGGCGUGCUACGGCCCCACGAUUUAACUUUAAGUUAAUUAGGUACUACAGAUAAUACAGUGUCACAUACUACUAAUAGAAUACAUUGCGUUUAGGUUUACUUUAGGAAGAAGAAAAUAUUAUUACCAUUAUUACAUUAUUAUAUAUCAUUAGUAUACCGCUAUUACAAUUUUUGCAAAACUGGCUCAAUAUUGUAAUAUACGACUAUCGAAACCUUUAUCGAGUACCAAAAUAAAUAAGAUUGCUUGCUAA